GUUUGUUUUUACUUCAACAUUCCCUAUUUCACGCAGAGUUUGCUGUUACAAUGGCUCACUUCAAUUAUUUGAGUGAAGAAAGCCGGAAGGAAUUGAAGAAAGUAGCAGAUGCUAUUGUGGCACCCGGAAAGGGUAUCCUUGCUGCCGAUGAAAGUACUGGUACGAUGGGAAAGCGCCUUGCCAAUAUUGGAGUAGAGAAUACGGAAGAAAACCGUCGUCGGUUUCGCCAGCUGCUCUUUACGUCUGGUAAAAGUAUGAGCGAGAGCAUUAGUGGGGUCAUUCUUUUUCACGAGACUGCCUAUCAAAAAGCAGAUGAUGGUACUACCUUCAUUCAGCUUUUGAAAAACCAAGGUAUAAUUCCUGGAAUUAAAGUUGACAAAGGAGUUGUUCCUUUAAUGGGUUCUUUUGAUGAAAGUACAACACAAGGAUUAGACGAUCUUGCAAAACGAUGCCAGGAGUAUAAAUCAAUAGGAUGUCAAUUUGCAAAAUGGCGUUGUGUACUUAAAAUAACUUCUCAUACUCCAUCACCAUUAGCCAUCUUAGAAAAUGCAAAUGUCCUAGCUAGAUAUGCUUCUGUUUGUCAACAGAAUGGUCUAGUUCCAAUUGUCGAACCAGAAGUCCUUCCAGAUGGAGAUCAUGACUUGGAACGAGCUCAGAAAGUUACAGAAACAGUUCUUGCUGCAGUUUACAAAGCAUUAAAUGAUCAUCAUGUUUACCUGGAAGGAACACUACUUAAACCAAAUAUGGUCACUGCUGGUCAGAGUUCUUCAAAGAAGUAUUCUCCUGAAGAUAUAGCAAAAGCAACAGUAACUGCCCUUCAAAGAACUGUUCCUCCUGCAAUGCCUGGAGUAACAUUCCUCUCUGGUGGACAAUCUGAAGAAGAAGCAACUGUAAAUUUAGAUGCAAUUAAUAAGUAUUUGGGCAAGAAACCUUGGGCUCUAUCGUUCAGUUUUGGUCGUGCCCUUCAAGCUAGUGCUCUUAAAGCUUGGUCAGGUAAACCUGAAAACAUUAAAGCUGCACAAGAGGAAUUUUUGAAGAGAGCCAAGGCUAAUGGAUUGGCUAGAAGAGGUGAAUACAAAGCUGGUUCUGUUCAAAGUGUCUCUGCGUCAAAAUCAAAUUUUGUUCCUACUCAUGCAUAUUAAGUGCCAAAUUUUUCAUUGUUUACAAAAUGUAAUACUUUACAAAAAUACUUUUUAUUAAAAUCAUAUAUAUUUUUGAUAACUAAUUUCUGUAAAAUUGCAUAAUCAA